AUGGUACCGACACCUCGAAAGGUAGCUGUAACUCUGCACGAAAGGGAGGAAUGCCUCAAAUCCGGAGAAAGAAUUGUUAUUUCCGGAAUGUCAGGUCUCUUUCCUGAUUCCAACCAUGUAAAGGAUCUUGCUGACAUUUUAUAUAACAAGAAAAAUCCUGUUUCAUUGAAUCCACGGUGGAACUACAAUCAUCCUGAAGUCGCACAAUAUGCUGGCCGAAUACCAGAUUUGGAUCUGUUUGAUGCCCAGUUCUUCAAAGUUCACUAUCGUCUGGGACAGUCAAUGGACCCGAUAGCUCGCAAGGUUCUUGAACAAGCAUACCAAGCGAUAUACGAUGCGGGUGUGAACCCGGAACAUUUCUCAGGAAAGAAAGUUGGAGUGUACAUAGGCACUUGUUUUUCUGAAACUGAGAAGAAUUCCUUCUACAAGUCACGCUCUGCAAAUGGGCUCGGUAUCGCUGGGUGA